AUCUCAUUUCGACAAAUUGGAUCAAAAAACAAGUCAAGUCCUCGUGAACCCACACAGAGUCGCCGGAGCAAUCAAACCAUGACCGGCGGCGCUUCAACCGGCCGUCUUCCGUCGUGGAAGGAGAGAGAGAACAACAAGAGACGUGAGAGGAGACGAAGAGCCAUCGCCGCCAAGAUCUACGCCGGUCUCCGAUCUCAGGGGAACUAUAGACUCCCCAAACACUGUGACAAUAACGAGGUUCUCAAAGCACUUUGUGCUGAAGCUGGUUGGGUUGUUGAAGAAGAUGGAACCACUUAUCCUAAGGGAUGUAAGCCGCCUCCAAGUGAAAUAGCCGGAAUGUCAACCAACAGAAGUACUUGUUCAUCAAUCCAACCGAGCCCAAUGUCAUCAGCGUUCCCGAGCCCGGCUCCAUCAUACCAUGCCAGCCCAACAUCAUCAUCUUUCCCAAGCCCAACCCGUUGCGAAAACCCACCUAACCAUUCAUCCUACAUUCUCCCUUACCUCUGCAACUUAUCUUCAUUACCCCCUUUGCGGAUAUCCAACAGCGCCCCUGUCACACCACCUCUAUCAUCCCCAACCGGCCGUGGAACAAAACGGAAACCCAAUUGGGAAAUGCUUUCCACAAGUGCAUUACAGUCUUUCCGCCACCCACUUUUCGCCGCCUCUGCUCCGUCGAGCCCUACUCGCCGCCACCGUGUUCCACCGGCAACGAUUCCGGAGUGCGACGAAUCCGAUGCUUCCACUGUGGAUUCGGGCCGAUGGGUCAGCUUCCAGACCAUGACUGCCUCAGCUGCACCGACUUCACCAACGUUUAACCUUGUGAAGCCCGCAAGCCAGCAACCGUUUUUUCAAAAUGGAUUGGUGGUGCAAAACGGGCCGGGUUCUGAAUUUGAGUUUGAAAGCAGUACGUUGAAAGCAUGGGAAGGCGAGAGGAUACAUGAAGUUGGUGCAGAGGAUUUGGAGCUCACACUUGGGAGUGGGAAAGCCGCUAGCUGAACCGUGUCGAACCAUGGCUUUAACAUGUGGUUUUGAAACUCGAAUGAGCGAUUUUUAAUCAAGAUUAAGAGAAAGUUUGACAUUGUUCAUAGCUUGAAGCAUUGGUGGGGCGAUUGUAUUCCUGAUUCUCCAUGAGAACUCAGAAGCAAAUCUUUGUUGAUUGGUAGAAUCCUCAUUGGAAAAUGGAAGUUUAGCUUACAGAAAAAACCGUCUUUAUUUUCUUGUUCUUCCAAUUCGGUGCUUAGAUCAUAAUUUUUGCGUCAUUUUACAUGUAGUAUUUCUGUUUUGUAAUAUACGGUGAUUAGCUUAAAAGACUAGUUCGGUACCCUUGCA